UAUGCUGCAAGCUUCCUGCCGAGUCUGGUUACUCUAUCUGCCUCUUAGCGGUGCUCGUUGUUACUCCGCCUCUUCGCGGAUCACACCACGUUUCCAACCGGAGGAAAAAAGUCGACCUCCCGUUUUUUCUGGAAUCUCAAUGAGUUCAAGUCCUGAUCUUUGAUUCUGGUUCAAUCUGACUGCUCAACUAUAGCAAGAGCCUGACGUGGAGUGUCAUUGAGGAAGUCGCAAAGGCAGCUCUCCCGUCAUCAUGGUGAACAUCCCAGAAUACUAUGCAGGGAAAAAUGUGCUGAUAUCCGGAGCUACAGGCUUCAUGGGAAAGGUUCUGCUGGAGAAGCUGCUGAGGUCCUGCCCAGGGGUCAAAACCGUUUACGUAAUGGUGAGGUCAAAAGCUGGGCAGAGCCCUCAAGCCCGCGUAGCCGACAUGAUUAACUGCAAGUUGUUUGAAAAAUUGCAAGCAGAGCAGCCAGACUUUGCAGAGAAGAUCACAGCAGUGAACAGUGACCUCACAGUACUGGAGCUUGAUCUCAGCAAAGAGGAUCAGAGCAUCCUGGUUGAAAACAUCAACAUCGUCUUCCACUGUGCCGCAACAAUCCGCUUCAAUGAGCCGCUCAAAGAUGCAAUCCAGCUGAAUGUCCUGGCCACACAGAAGAUGCUGGCGCUGGCCCACAGGAUGAAGCACCUGGAGGUCUUCAUUCACGUCUCCACAGCUUACGCCCACUGUGACAGGGAGGUCAUCGAGGAAGUCGUGUACCCACCUCCUGUAAACUACCGCAAACUCCUUGACACUCUUGACUGGAUGGACGACGAUUUGGUAUCAACACUGACCCCCAAGCUUAUUGGAGAGCGCCCCAACACCUACACCUACACCAAAGCCUUGGCUGAGUAUCUGGUGCAGCAGGAGGCUGGAGACCUCAACGUCGUCAUCGUCAGACCCUCGAUUGUUGGCGCCAGCUGGAAAGAGCCGUUCCCCGGCUGGAUUGACAACUUCAAUGGACCCAGUGGGAUAUUUAUCGCAGCUGGAAAGGGGAUUCUGCGUACGAUGAGGGCAUCUAAUGAUGCCGUGGCUGACCUGGUCCCAGUGGAUGUGGUCAUUAACGCGACUCUAGCGGCAGCUUGGUUCUCUGGAUCGCAGCGAGUCAACAGGCCUAGAAGCAUCCUGGUGUAUAACUGCACAACUGGCGGGAUCAACCCGUUUCGCUGGGGCGAAGUCGAGAACUGUAUAAACAUGACCUUCAAGAACAAUCCCCUAGAGCAGGCCUUCAGAAGGCCCAAUGUCAAUCUGCGCUCCAACCCCUUUACUAAUCAGUACUGGACAACAGUCAGCCACACCCUGCCGGCCCUGCUGUAUGACGGCUAUCUCACACUGAUGGGCCACAAGCCCCGGAUGAUGAAGACAAUCACUCGGCUGCACAAAGCCAUGAUGGUCCUGGAGUAUUUCACCAGCCAUUCCUGGGUCUGGAACACAGACAACGUGGCUAUGCUGCUGUCCCACAUGAGCCCUGAGGAUAAGAAGGUGUUCAACUUUGAUGUGCGCCAGCUGCACUGGGCAGAGUACAUGGAAAAUUACUGCAUGGGCACAAAAAAAUAUGUCCUCAAUGAGGAGCUGUCGGGGCUGCCUGCAGCACGCAAACACCUCAACAAGCUGAGGAACAUCCGCUACACCUUCAACACCAUCCUGAUGGUUCUCAUCUGGCGCAUCUUCAUCGCCCGGUCCCAAAUGGCCCGCAACAUCUGGUACUUUGUGGUGAGCCUCUGCUUCAAAUUCCUCUCGUACUUCAGAGCUUCCUCCACUAUGAGAUAAUGAACCGUGGAUUCUGAGCAAGGCGGCGGCGGCGAGUUGGAGGAGCGAAGAACACGGCGCCUGUGGAUGAUGAGCGCUCUGAGCGAGGAGUGAAAUGAGCUGGAGUCUGCAGUGACUUAAGAUCUUUAAAUAUCCAACUCCUCUCCAACAUGUCCUCGCUACAUGAAACACAGGACUUUGUCUCAGAUCAGCAGAGAUUGGGCUAAUCGUUAAGAAGACCUCGUCCCGUUUCCCUUUGGUUCUGCUGCACAUUCUGCAAAGCUAUGCAUUGAACAGUGCUCUGCUCCAAAGCCCUAUGACUUUGUUCUGAGUCCUGCCCGGCCAAAGCUUGCUCUGCAAGAACAGAGAAACUAUCUCUCUCACCCAGAGCUGCAAGAACAAAACCACAUCAUUCUAUUCCUGCAAUUUGUGCUUGAUCCAUGUUCUGGGGAACUCCUUUUUUUUUUUUCCCCCUUGUAUGUUGUCUGAAAUAAGAAGCGAGUGUGACACGGCGCUGGGGAUCUAUGAAGACUUCCAAAGAGUUUUGUACUGGAGGAAGGUUUGAAAUGUUCUGGCCAAAUAGAGACGUAUCCUUGUUCUUGCAGUCUCGAGUAAAACUAAUUUCUCUGUUCUUGUGUCGCAUGAACAGGCCUUUGUUAUUAAUCAUAGACGAAUCAACCCACAUUUCUUUCAGCUUUGUUCGACUGAGCUUUCACCUGACUGCAUCAUUUCAACUUGGAGCAUCAAAUAUUUCUGUGGCUUCUCGCAGACCGUUUGAAGGAAUGUUUAAGACUGUGAGGGCGCCGUUUGUGCUGAAUCAUGCCUCACUCGACUUUCUUGCUCGGCUUUCCCCGGCAUGUUCCUGCAGGACGGAACAUGAACUGUCAACAAGAAUAAACUGCCGCAUGUCGUCAGACUGCAACGGCUCGCCUCUAAAUCCCAACCAAGCACAAUGCAGAUUCUGAUGGCUUUACCGAGUGCCUAUACUGAUUUUUUUUUUUCUCUUGCAUCUGCAAAUUUUU